UGCAAUCAUUUCAUCACAUCAGAUUGCGGAAAAGAAAAGCAACCCGCGAUCCUUCCUCAGAUUCGAAUUUGCCAAGUCAAGCACAAGACCAUCACUCCUGCACCAUGACCACCCUCAAGAUCGUCGUAUCCGGCGCCGCCGGCCAGAUCGCCUACUCACUGCUGCCUCUCAUCUGCAUCGGCCACAUCUUCGGCCCGAACCAGCGCGUGGAGCUGCGUCUGUUGGACAUUGAACCGGCCCAGGAGGCGCUCGAAGGCGUCAAGAUGGAGCUGCAGGACUGCGCCUUCAACCUGGUGGACGCCAUCAUUCCCACGGCCGACCUGGAGACCGCCUUCAAGGACGCGGACGUCGCCAUUCUCGUGGGCGGCUUCCCACGUAAGCAGGGCAUGCAGCGCAAGGACCUGAUCGAGAAGAAUGUAGCGAUCUUCAAGGCUCAAGGAGCCGCCAUCGACAAGUUCGCCAGUCGCGAUGUUAAGGUGCUAGUCGUGGCCAAUCCGGCCAAUACAAACUGCCUCAUCGCCAUGGAGAACGCGCCCAGCAUCCCACGUCGCAACUUCUCGGCGCUCACGCGUCUGGAUCACGAGCGCCUACGCUCGUUCCUUGUGGAGAAGGUCAAUGAGACUCAGAGCACUAAAGUCACGUCCAAGGAUGUCAACAAGGUCGUGAUUUGGGGCAAUCACUCGAGCACGCAGGUGCCUGACGUCACGAACGCUGAGGUGAAGGGCCAGGCGUUUGAUAAGAUCGUUUCGGACAAGGACUGGGUCGAGAAGAAGCUCGUCAAGGACGUGCAGGAGCGCGGUGCGGCCAUUAUUAAGGCUCGCAAGCUCUCGAGUGCCAUGUCCGCCGCUGCUGCCAUCGGCGCCCACCUGCGCGACUGGUUCACCGGCUCCAAGGACGGAGAGUUCGUGUCUAUGGCCAUCUGCUCGGAUGGCAACAAGUACGGCGUGCCCGAAGGACUCAUCUACUCGUUCCCGGUCAAGUGCGCGGGCAAUGGCGCGUACGAAGUGGUCAACGGUCUCCCCAUCUCGCCACGCAUCGAUGCUAUGAUGAAAGCCACCGCCCAGGAACUGACCGAGGAGAAGGCCGACGCUGUGGAGAUUCUGUCGCGCCAGUAAGCAAGAUCCAGACCCUGACACUCCGUUCGAGUUAUUUUCCUUUAUGUGCUGCUUCGAUCGUCUAUUUGACCAUCUAAACCCAAUGAAUUACUUGUUAUUACGUGGAUGAUUGAUGUAAAAUGUCAAUAAUUGCAAUUACUC